AUGUUAAAUUUAAUUAGUAUAAUAAUAAUUUUAUUAAUUGUAUUAGUGGGUGUAGCAUUUUUAACUUUAUUGGAACGAAAGAUUUUAGGGUAUGUACAGUUACGAAAGGGGCCUAAUAAAGUUGGUUUUAUAGGAAUUUUACAACCAUUUAGAGAUGCAGUAAAGUUGUUUAAGAAAGAAUUUUUUGUAAUUUAUAAAUCUAAUUAUUAUUUAUUUUAUAUUUGUCCAAUUUUUUUAAUUUUUAUGAUAUUAAUGAAUUGAAUAAUAGUGCCAUUGAUUACUAAUAUUUAUUAUAUAAAUUAUUCUUUAUUAAUAGUGAUGAUUAUUUUAACUAUUAUGGGAUAUAUAUUUUUAUUAAUAGGAUGAGCCUCUAAUUCUAUAUAUUCAAUAAUUGGAGCUAUACGAGUUGUAGCUCAGACAUUAUCUUAUGAAGUUAGAUUUAUUAUAAUUAUUUUAAUUACUAUAAUUUUAAGAGAGAGUUAUAGUUUAUUAGAUUAUUCUAUAUGGCAAAUAAAUUUUUGGUAUUUAGUAAUGUUAUUUCCUUUAUUUUUAGUUUUUUUUUUAAGAAUUUUGGCUGAAUUAAAUCGUAGUCCUAUAGAUUUUGUGGAAGGGGAGUCAGAAUUGGUGUCAGGAUUUAAUAUUGAAUAUUUUAGGGGAGGUUUUGCUUUAAUUUUUAUAGCAGAGUAUGGCAUAAUUAUUUUUUUUAGGUAUGUAUUAUUGUUAUUAUUUACUAAUAUAUAUUUAUAUAUAUAUGUAAUGUGCAUAAUUUUAAAUAUUAUAAUUUUAUUAGUUAUUUUUGUACGAGGACUUUUACCUCGAAUACGAUAUGAUGAAUUAAUAUAUUUAUGUUGAAAAAUUAUUUUACCGUUGGUAUUGAAUUAUAUAAUUUUAAUUAUAAGUUUAAAAAUUAUAUUUAUAGUA